AUGGAAUGUAAAUACUUUGAAAUACUUAAAUUAUCUUCCGUAGAUUUAGGGAUAGAAGUAGCAGGAGGGUCAGAAGAUCAGCACAUCCCAGGAGACAAUGGAAUAUUUAUCACACGGAUCCUGAAGGGAGGCACAGCUGAAGAGGAUGGAAGAUUGGCCGUAGGAGAUAGGAUCAUUAAGGUUAAUGACACAGAUGUCAGGAAUAUUACAAAAGAUGAGGCCAGUAGAAUUCUUAAUUCCUCAAGAGGUACCCUAAAGAUGAUAGUGUCUAAACCUGUUGCGGAAUUUGCUCUAACAGUAGACCAGUUACAACGUAGUGUAAACUAUCUUAACACUGACUCUCAAUGCUCUGCAUGCCAUGUCAAAACGGAAUCUUGUUGUGAAACAUGUCUUCUUUCACUGUGUAAAAAAUGCAAAACGAAAGAGGGCAGGGAGAGAUCGGACACGAAAAAUACUCAACUUAACACUGAAUGUUGUAGAUGCAAAAGCACGGCAAAUUUUUCCUGCAAAACAUGCCGAAUGCAAAUAUGUAAUAAUUGUAAAGCCAAAGACCAACACGUUGAACAUUUAAGUGAACAUAAAACCAAAGAGAGUUUAAAAUGCUUUAUUUGCAAAGCGAAUACAGACUAUAAAUGUGAAACAUGUAAUCAUCUCAUUUGUCAGAAUUGCAAGGUCAGUCAUAAAGAUAAAUCGACAUCAGAUAUUUCUUUUGCCCAACACUUUGUCGAGUGUUUGAAUUGCAAGAGCAAUGCCGAGUUUUGCUGCAAGUCAUGUGGGUUACCUCUUUGCGAGAAAUGCAAGAAGGAACAUGAACAUGAUCAAAGAACGGAGAAGCAUAUAAUUGUACCAUAUGGAGAAUACUCAAAGAUUGAUUAUAUGGCAGAGACCUGUCAGUUUCAUCCAUUUCAUAAUUACAACGCUUAUUGUGAAGAGUGCAAGGUACCCGUUUGCAUAAGAUGUGUCACAGAUGUCAAACACAGAGGUCAUACCUUCGAAGAUUCUCACUCUGUUUAUGAAAGAACACGAGUAGAAAGCUUUGAAAAUUUAAAACACAUCAGAGAGAAUCUUUUAGCAAAAUGCAUGUCAUUGUGUGAGGGCAUUGACACCGAUAUAAAGAAUUCUGAAGCCCGAACCUCUGCGUUUAAAGAAAAAGUAAAAGCUGAGGUGGAGCUCAUCAAACAACUUUUAGACAUUGCACUAAAGAAAAGGAUAGAGGAGUUUAAUUCCAGCGAGGAAUGGUUUAUGGAAACACUGAACUCGCAAAAACGUGAAUUAUCUUGUUUCAUUACAUACCUCAAAGGAAUUUCAAGUGAGUACGAGAAAAAACUGUACUCAAAAGAAUUCGCUGGUCUUCUUGAGUACCAUAGCAAGAUCCAAUCAGAAAAGAUUAAAGACAUGCCAGUCCUUCCUCUAUUCUCAUCCCCUUUUGUAAAUGAGAGACUGAUUUUUUACGAAGAUGUCUCCAAAUUACUAAGUACUGUCUCAAGUUCUCGACACACAGGCAGAUUUCGGGAGGUUGACAAAAGUGUGCAGGAUUCGAGUAAGGAAAAUAUCUUAAAGAUAUCUCCAGUAAGAUCUGAAGCUACUUUCUAUAUUCAUGGUUUAAAGAAUUGCGACAGCAUAGAUGUAUUUGAAAACAACGUUUGGAUGAAAAAAUCAGAAAGCAUGCUUGUACGGCUUGACAGACAAUGGGGGGCAAAGGAUAGCAUUGAAGUCGAUCAUGUUCAACAAUUGGCAAUUGCAAAUUGUGGAGAAGUCUUUUACACAGAUUCUAAAAACAAUCGUGUGAUGAAUCUGAAACACGCUGAGGUACAUCUCUUCGUUGAAACAAAGCCCUGGAGACCAGAUGCCAUCUGCGCCUCAAGACUUACCAAUGAUAUACUGGUUGGAUUGAAAAUGUCAAAGGAGUCGAAAAUUGUGCGGAUCAAUGAAGAUGGGAAGACAACUCAGGGCAUCCAGUUUGAUAAUUUUGAAAAGCCUCUCUACAGCUCUCCGCAUUAUAUUGCUGAGAAUGUCAAUGGAGACAUCUGUGUAUCGGAUAAAUACGGCGCUGUAGUGGUGGUAGAUAAGACAGGAGUCCAUCGUUUCUCAUACUAUGGACAGCCCUCAGCAUGGAGAUUGUUUGCGAGAAGAAUCUCGCCUUUGGGGCUGUGUACUGAUGUCAUGGGACACAUCAUUGUGUGUGAUCAGUAUGAACCGACAAUUCACGUCAUCGACAAAAACGGACAAUUCAUCUCCUUCAUCAAAACGCUGGACAUAAAGGCUCCCCGAGACGUUAGCGUUGAUAAUGAUAAUAAUUUAUGGGUUGUUCAGGACUCUUCGGACACUCUCAGAGUUUAUCACUACUUGUCAUACCAUGAAAAUACAUGAAUUUUAUUCUUGAGACAGAAUAUGUUCAGGGAGGAAACCCUUUGUAUCUGAAGUCGAAAAUAGAAUAUGUUGCUGAAUGAUAGCUUUGAUAUGCAUUUGACCUUAGUUUUGAUGUCAAUUGUGAUUUUGUUGAAUGCAAAGAAUGUGUUUUCAUGCAGUUGUUAUUGAUCCUUUUUAUUUCUUAUUUACUAGUUUAGUCCGGUAGGAGUCAAGUAGAAUAAAGAAUAUUUUGUAUGAUUGGGAUAAAUUUUAUUUCACAGAAUAAUAUUUCGAGUAGGAGGCUUAUGAAAGGCAUUUGAACCUGAUUUUUUUGUUCUGUUCUGUAGAAACCUGAUAAUUCGAACUGUUGUAUAGAAACCUGAUAUUUUGUACUGUUCUGUAGAAACCUGAUUUGUAAGAUGAUUUUCAUGAAUUUUCGAUUUUUAGUACAAAAUUCUGGUAUAUGCCUUUCGUUGUAAAUAUAUAUCCCUUAAGGUAUUCGAUGUAUAAUGAAUGGAUUCUGAACAAUUUUUAAUUAUUUUAAACUAGUUAAAAAUGCAUUGCUAGAUAACGAUGAAAGGGAAAUGAACCAAAUUCAUAUGACUGAUAACAUGAGAAAAGCUGGUCAUUUUGCACAUUAAAAGUUUCUGAAGAGUUAUCUGCCCUUGACGAAAAAAAGAAAAUUUUAAUUUUGUCAAAAUAUCUGUGGUAAAUGAUUUAUUUUAUUUCAUAUUUUAAUAAAGAGAGAGUUUAUGCAUAUUUUCACCAAGAAAUCUGUAUGGAAUUCAAAUUACUUUUUACAAUAUCUUGAUAAAACCUGCGCUGCCCAUAGAUUUCAAUGUAAAAUUCAAGGUGAAAUGUAUUUAAUAACAAUCAAAAUUUUGUAAAUUCCUUUGGUGGAGUAUUUUUAUUUAAGAACACCUUCAGAAUGCUUCCAUGAUUAAAAAUAUCGGACCAUUCAUUUAUUAGGUACAAAAAAUGGUCGUUAUACAUUGAAUAGCUGAAUUAAAAUUGUCGGUAGAAAU